AUGAGACAGACAGAACUUGAACAGAUAAAGAAAUUUUAAUUUUUUAAUUAAGAAAAUAUUCAAGAUCAAAGAGCUAAGUAUCAAAUUAUUCAUUAAUUUUAUUAUAGUGGAGAUCCAACAACCCCAACUUUGAAUGAUAUAGGAAUCUCAGAUGGAUGUGGAAUUGCCACUAAAUUGUUUCUCUCAUCUUAGUCUAAAAAUCUUAUAUAUGUAUAUGAAGCAAAUUCCAUUCAAGGAUUCUUUUAACCUCACAAUGAUUAAUUCAGAGUUAUGAAAUGUUCAAAGGAUAAUAAAGAUGUAAUAUAACAACAAUAAUUCAUGUUCUUAGGGAAAAUUAGUCACAUUUGGUAUUGACAGUGAAAAUAACUAAAAGAGUAGCUAUGUUAAAUUUUGGGAUCCAAAUACAACUGAUUAUCAGAAUAUGAGUAAUUUAAUUUCACUAAACUCAUAGAACCUAUUAAAGUUAUCUUAGUAAAUAAAGUUGGAUAACCUUUACAAAAUUUUAAUUGCUUUUGUGUUGCUAAAGAUUUAAGUGCAUUAGCUUUUGGUUUACAAGAUGGCUAAAUAUUGAUAUUCAAAGCCAAAAGUUAAAAUUUAUUGGUGAUGGAACAUAAAGAUUAAAUCAUUUAAACAGAUUAAGAACCAAUCAAAUCUGUACAUCUAAGUAAAAAUGAUUAAAAUCUUAAUUUAUUUUGUACAACUGAUUCUAAUAUCAUUUGCUUUUAGAAUAUGUAAAAUAGAAAGAAGUUUUCUAUCCCUGCAGGAGCUUUAUUUGAUUUAACAGCUAAAGGAAAUCUUAUAGGAUGUCCAAAAGAUGAUACUUCUACUAUAGUAGAAUAUAGUGAUACUAAGAAAGAAGCUACUUGGAAUGUA